AUGAAGCCUCGGUCUAUACUCAGCUUGCUUUGCCUUACGCAAACCAUCUCAGCGUCUGAACCAUCCUUUGACCAUGAGAAUGGCUUGCCAGCAACAUGGUGCUUCACUUACCUAUCGACUUACCUGGAGCCUACUAGUAUAGCUGCUGGCUCAACAGGACUGGAGACGGCACUGAACUCAACUUCAAUCGCCAACGCACCUUUGUCAACGGGAACAACCAUUGGGCUUUCCACAAAUCCUACACUUGGGGCUUCCGCAACGCCGAGCUUUUCUCUCGGCACCUCCCUCCCGGCUACGGAACAGAUUGGUGCGCCGGAAACGACCCCGUUGACAAUAUCCACUUCGUCUCUACAACUGUCUUCGUUGUCGGUUGCCGCAUCUGAUACUUCGUUGACUUCACUCACCACAACUUCUUCCGCCAGUCUGACCUCCAGCAGACUCGCCUCGCCCACUGCUACUAGCUCCGGAUCAUCUACGUCGAUAUCCGCGCAAGCUGCUGAGACUGUGAUCUUCUUCGUUGCUCCAGGCUCAACUUCGACUGUGAGACGAAACCUGAAGAAGAGGGUGAUGGGUGGUUUCGUGAACCACAACACCAACGCAGAUCGUCAGCUAUGCAACACCGCAACCGUGUUUUCCUUGGUCGCUGGCGAAUUACUAGAUGGCGGCGUACCAGUGUAUUACUCUCCAGGUGAUAGCCAUAAACCUCUCAAUGCUAUGGGGACGCGACCGAACAACGCCAUUACAACAACAUUCGACGUCUUUGAUGGGGUUCUUCGAUUCUACCAUCCAUCUCUCCCUGAUAGUCAGGCAAGCUUCUGUCAAGAUGCUACUGGACAGGUCCAUGUCACCUUUACGUCCCGACCGCCUGAUUGUGAUCCAGUUUCUCUCUUAGCAUAUGGAGUCGACUUGUGUCAAAACGGCCAAAUACAACUUCCCGGCUUGCCUAGUCAGAGUACCUCGACAUCGACUACAGCAAGUGCAACUUCGUUGGAAGUCUUGACCAGCACCACAAGUCGUUCUACCGCAAGUGUUACAAGCGGCUUAUUGCAAGACACUUCUAUAUUUUCCCGCACUAUGUCAACAGUUUCUAGCGUCUCCGAGUCGCUCAUAUCAUCGAAUUCUGGUCCAAGUAUCUUAUCAUUCAUAACAUUACCGACACGCGAUCCUGAAACUCAUAUCCUUCCAUCACCGAUUCCUCUAACAUUGUCAUCGCCUUCAUUAUCUCCAUCAUUCUCGUCAUCCAUGUUGUCUUCGCCGUCUCCAGCGGCCUCAUUAUCGCCCUCGUUAUCGCCCUCACCGCCAUCAACCACAACCUUCUUCACUCAGACUUCCACAAGGACAGACUCAACAUCUUCCACCUCGGCACGCUUCUCAAAUUCGACAAGUGUUGAGGCAUCAACAAUUUCGGCGAGCAUUUUCGACGCUUCUUCAAGCAUCUCGUCCUCGCUCACAACCAGUCUGUCCUCCAGCUCAUCCAUCAUAACUCCAACCUCGUCAACGACCUCCAGCUCAAGUUCUUCGCUCAGCAGCUCAAGCACAUCUGCUACGCCCAUAUGUACACCUGGCGUCGAGUUCGCCGCCUACGUCUUUCCUCGAACUUCCGAGCCUUGUCAAGAGCUCCUGCGCGUGUACUCUGAUUCGACCAAAAGCGCAAGAGAUCUGAACUUGACUACAGUCAUGCAAGGCAGAACUCCUCUUGGCACAGGCUUUACUCCGCUCGUCUCAUGGAGGACGAGCCCGAGUGACGAAACAGGUCCCACAAACAUCUAUGGAGUACGUGGCCCGGCGAACACGACGUGGAGCAAUUCGUGUGAUUUGAUCCAACACCGAGGCUACCUAAAGUUCAACGAAGCAAAGAUCUGGUUUCUGACAAUCGAUGUGCCUGAUGAUUUCGGGUUUGUUUGGUUUUAUGGUACAUUCUCGUCAACUGUGCCCGGAGCUUACGGUGCCAGUGCCGGUCAGAUCACGGCAGACUACUCCCGUCGAGCUAGGGUGACUGCUGCAAACGUCCUUGUACGUGACUCUGAGAUAUACGUGCCUUUUCGCGCAUUGUUCCUCAACUCUGGCGGUCCCGGUAGCCUCAACAUGCCACUGCCGCCCGGCGUACAAUUCGUAUCGGGUUGUUCCGACACGCCUGCUACUCCCGCUUUCCCUCAGUGGGAAACGGAGAAGUGGACUCCGUAA